AUGCAAAGACUUGGCUUGAUAGGCGGAGAGGCCAAAUGCGAAGAUUUGGGCUUGGGGGAUAGAAAGGCCAAAUGCAAAGACUUGGGCUUGAUAGGCGGAGAGGCCAAAUGCGAAGAUUUGGGCUUUGGGGAUAGAAAAGCCAAAUGCAAAGACUUGGGCUUGAUAGGCGGAGAGGCCAAGUGCGAAGAUUUAGGCUUGGGGGAUAGAAAGGCCAAAUGCAAAGACUUGGGCUUGAUAGGCGGAGAGGCCAAAUGCGAAGAUUUGGGCUUGGGGGAUAGAAAGGCCAAAUGCAAAGACUUGGGCUUGAUAGGCGGAGAGGCCAUAUGCGAAGAUUCGGGCUUGGGGGAUAGAAAGGCCAAAUGCAAAGGCUUGGGCUUGAUAGGCGGAGAGGCCAAAUGCGAAGAUUCGGGCAUGGGGGAUAGAAAGGCCAAAUGCAAAGAAUUGGGCUUGAUAGGCGGUGAGGCCAAAUGA